AUGGCCGGAGAUACUGAAAUAAACAAGUUUGUGAUUACUACUUUGGUUAGAGUAGUAAUGGCGCUAUUAAGUGCUGAAAGAUGCAAUGGAGCUGAUACUUGCAGGGCUUCCGGUCAGAUCGCUGCUCCGAUGUUGAGGGAUGAUGAAUCAACGAAAGUUGCUUGGGUUUAUACCCUGAGUUCAGGUUCAUGGAAAACCGUAUCUUUCACUCUUCCUACCCUGACUGGUUCUUCGGAACCUCAGAUUUUUGUGAAUGGUUUUAUGUAUUGGCUGGCUGGACGCGAGGAUGAAUUCAAACUUAUAGAUAUUCCUGAUGAGCGCCAACUUGUUCACAGAAAGCUUAUGGUUUUGAGAGGAUCACUUGCGAUGAUGGUCACCGUUGAGGAUUGUACUAAGGAUAUUGAGAUAUGGAUGCUCGUGAAUGAAAAUAGUUCAUACUCUUGGACUAAGAAGUUCAAUUUAGAACCUUUCUCCGGAAAAACAAUGCUGUUGGGAAUGUUGAACGAUCAUAAGCUUCUCGUCGUUGUUUUAAAAACUCAUCUUUGUGGUCUCAGACAAGUCUACUCUUAUGAUCUGGUUACCAAAAUGAUGGAAUAUUUUCAUGUACCAAAGGAACAAGAUUUAGCAUCGUAUGCGGCAGUGCUUGGGUUCUAUUUUGAGAGCUUGGAACUUGAAGACGGAUAUGGCCGGAGAUACUGA